CUUGCGUCAUGAGGCUAAAAAAAGUGGCAUGUCAUUCUAAAAUUUUUAAUAUGGAAAUGUUGGGAAAUCAGUCGUUGGGAAGCAGCGGUGCAUUUUUUCGCCCGUGUCUUAUGACCCUUUUACGUAUUCUACGUCAGCCUAUUUUGCCUCUGUGAAAUCCAUAAAGAGGCGUGAUGGCAUCACGACCUUGACUGGCCUUGCUGAAGGUCAACUAUGCUUUGUUACUUCUCUUAUCAGCCCUAUUAAUAAACAUGGAAUCGGAUGGCGAUCUCAAAACCGCUAUUUCUCAGCCACAGAAGCCACCCAGAUUCCGGAAUCUCGGUCUAGCUCUGCGCGCAUUAACACUUUGUGUUACGAUCUCGGGCAUCGUCGUUGCAGCUAUCGCUUCAUCGAGGAACGCUGAGGCUAUUGGAAUACUAGGUCCUGCAUUCAUCGCCGCUCUCUGCUGGUCAUUGAUAGAACUCGUCUGCUCGGUGACCAAGACCCUUCCGACCAUCCGCCCGUCGUUCAGCCUCGUCAUACAUUGCCUCAUCACCCUUGGAUCGAUUGCUUGCCUUGCUUGCUUCGGAUGGUAUCGAGAUUGGUGGCCUGGCGGUAGUGCUCUUGAUGACGAUACUGAAGGCUCAGAGCCUCUCUUCCUUGCCGCACUGGUCCUUGCCUGUGUGUCGACAGUCUCUGAAAUCAGCCUCUGUAUCAUUGGCUUUAUCGAGUGACUUGCUCAAGAUGUCCCCCACGUACGAGACGGACGAACGAUGAUGUAAUGAUAAAUGUUGGAGCUUGGAUGUAAUGAAUUACUGACGAAUCGGCAUCAAUGGAGUAUGGUUGAUAUCCUUCAGGGGUUUUGUCAAGAUACCAAGAAUAAACGCCUGGGGCCCUGGAAUGUUGGAAAAUUGUAUUUAUUUCCUUGAUAUAUUUAUUUAGAUUAUCAACACUGGACUCAUCCUUUAAUAUUUUUCUUUGUCUACCACA